AGAAGUGAACCGUCUUUUAGCGUGCGUCUAGCGGUAGAGCGUCGUGACGUAAUGUGAAGGGUCGCCCAGAAGGGCUGAGCUGGACCAAUGAGGCGGGACAGGGGGCUGGUUUCCUGUUCUCACGCCCCGCGCUCAGACCCAGCCUGAGGAAAGUUUCGCUUCGAGAGAGAGAGAGAGAGAAGCGAACAUGGCAGCGCGUUGGUGGUUUUGCUGUGUCUCCGCGAACAUGGCGGCGGCGCUGCUGCUCAGUUACGGGGUUCCCUCAGCCUCUGCCCAAAGAAAGAAGGAGAUGGUGUUAUCAGAAAAGGUUAGUCAACUGAUGGAAUGGACCAAUAAAAGACCUGUAAUAAGAAUGAAUGGAGACAAGUUCCGUCGCCUUGUUAAAGCCCCACCAAGAAACUACUCCGUUAUUGUCAUGUUCACUGCUCUCCAACUUCACAGACAGUGUGUCGUGUGCAAGCAAGCUGAUGAAGAAUUCCAGAUCCUGGCAAACUCCUGGCGAUACUCCAGUGCAUUUACCAACAGGAUAUUUUUUGCUAUGGUGGAUUUUGAUGAAGGCUCUGAUGUAUUUCAGAUGCUAAACAUGAAUUCAGCUCCAACUUUCAUCAACUUUCCUGCAAAAGGGAAACCCAAGCGAGGUGAUACAUACGAGUUGCAGGUGCGUGGUUUUUCAGCUGAACAGAUUGCCCGGUGGAUUGCUGACAGAACUGACGUCAACAUUAGAGUAAUUAGACCCCCAAAUUAUGCUGGUCCUCUUAUGUUGGGAUUGCUUUUAGCUGUUAUUGGUGGACUUGUGUAUCUUCGACGAAGCAAUAUGGAAUUUCUCUUUAAUAAAACUGGAUGGGCUUUUGCAGCUUUGUGUUUUGUGCUUGCUAUGACAUCUGGUCAGAUGUGGAACCAUAUAAGAGGACCACCAUAUGCUCAUAAAAAUCCGCACACAGGACAUGUGAAUUAUAUCCAUGGAAGCAGCCAAGCCCAGUUUGUAGCUGAAACACACAUUGUUCUUCUGUUUAAUGGUGGGGUUACCUUAGGGAUGGUGCUGUUAUGUGAAGCUGCUACAUCUGACAUGGAUAUUGGAAAGCGAAAAAUAAUGUGUGUGGCUGGUAUUGGACUUGUUGUAUUGUUCUUCAGUUGGAUGCUGUCUAUUUUCAGAUCUAAAUAUCAUGGAUAUCCAUAUAGCUUUCUGAUGAGUUAAAAAGGAUCCCAGAGAUAUGUAGACACUGGAGUAAUGGAAAUUGAAAAAUGAAAAGAGUGUGUGUGUUUGAAAAGAAGAAUGAAAUUUGUGUAUUUUGUAUUACCUCUUUUUUUCAAGUGAUUUAAAUAGUUAAUCAUUUAACCAAAGAAGAUUUGUAGUGCCUUAACAAGCAAUUUCUUGUCGAAAUCAUGAAGUAUUUGGAUACAGUUCUCCUCUUAACCUUCCCUUCCUGAUGAACUGUAUGUAACAGUUAAUUUAGUAGAAUUAAGUACAUUAUAAAAAUUUUAUAACUACAUUUUAAUUAAAACAAGGUUCAGAACUGCUUUAGUUAACUAUUGGCCAUCUGAUUUUAUAUUAUCUUAUCCAAAGGUAGGGGAAAAAAAGUCCUGACCAGGUGUUCCUACAUAAGCCUAUUACAGACAGAUGCAUCAGGAAUGCAUUCUUAGCUGUUCCAUCUUUGCAUGGAUGUGUAUACUUUGUACAUCUUUCCUUUUGGUCAGAGAAAUCGUUAUGUGCUAUGUGAUCUUCUGACACGUCUAGCCUUUAGAAAAGAUUAGCCAGUCCUCCCCCUCCUUUCAUGUUUCCUACUGAAAUACAGUGCUAGCUAUGCUUCUUGGUCGCUGUAGACAUUAAAAAGCCUAAAUACAGGAUUAUGAUUUCUGCAUGAGUGUGGUGUUAACUACUUUUGUUUGGAAAGAUUUCAAGUUCAUUCUGUCUCCUUAAUUUAUUUAAGGUAGGUCCCUCUCUAAUAAAAAUGUAGCUUAGUGCUAAAAUCAGUGUAACUUAAAAAUGGUCUAAAUUGUUUCUACAAAUUAGAGAUUGUCACUUACUUCAUUUGUACCCCAAAGAAAAAAAUAGGUUCAUCUAGUUAAGUCGAUUUCUGUAUUACAGUUACAACAUAUUUCAUUAACCCUUGUAUUUAGGAAAAGGACUCCCCUAGAUUGGGAAAAGCAUAUCCUGAUAUAUUGAGUUGUUGCUUAUGAAUAGAAAGUAAAUUGUUUCUUGAAAGUUGUUAUGUUUUUGCUAUUAUUUUAGCCUUCAUUCUUUCACUUUAAGUGGAGAAACAGUAAACAUUUGAAGAGGUUUUAUUUGAAUUUUGUCUUUUUUUUCUGUCAGUGGAAAUAACCAUAUAUGCUAACCAAAUUUUUGUGAAGAAUGAAAGUUGAUGGUUAUCAUUAGAUCUAGCCAUAACCUCCCCCAUAGUUAUGAAGAGUAUCCUGAAAUUUCACUAUUAUAGAAAUAUAAUAAUGACUGUGAAAAAAUUUUUAAAAAAUCUUAGAAGUAUUACAUUAAAAUAAUACUUUGCCUACUACUAUUUACCAUCUAAUAACUUUCCCAUGUGGUCUAGAAGUCUUAUAUAAUAGAGAUUUGCAGAAGAGAUGAAUAUAAUUGCCUAAGAAGAAAUGUUUUAUGUGGAUUUUUUGUUUUUGUUCCAAGAUUUGGCAGGUCAGGGCAUAUAGUUGACCUUUUACUCUUUAGUGGAUCCACUUUUUGUUAAUUACUUCCCUAUAAAUUGUGUGAUUCUGGAUUCUUUAUCUGCUGUUCUUGUAAUUGUCUCAGGCCAAAUAAGUUUAUGCUGUGAUUCUUACGAGAUUUGUAUGAAGAUGCCCUGAUUUGUACAGACUGACCAGGGUAAUACUACUGCCAUGUAAUCUGUAUAGCUUCACAUAAUGUGCCAUGAGCAUUGAAAGAAUGACACUUUUUUGUAUUUGUUUUGUCUCCCUUAAGAGCACAUUCUUCUUGUGCAAGGAGAAGAGUUGCAUUCUGGCUAAAAUCUGUAGAAAGCAGAUUUACUAAACUUAGAGUUACUUUUGUGGAAGUUUUGAAAUUCGCUUUCAUCUGAAGUGCCUUAAGUAGACUCUUAAUUUACUUUUCCAGUAAUGUUUUAAAUAUUUGUUACGCAUUUAAAAAAUACUAUUCAAAAUGACACAUUGUAGUAGCAAAGAUAACCAAAUGUCUGGCUGUUUGCUUUUUGACCAUAUCAAUAAACUUUUACAAUCUAAA